UAGUUCAUGUCACAUAUAUUAUAAGUUUUAGAUACUGGCGGUGAAUAUCGGAACGCAGCCAUAAAGAGUAGAUUUAUUGAUCGGUGGACCACGUCACACGAUGGACAUCAAUGAGCGCUGUAGCUCGUGAACGAAUUUAUUCGCGAGCGAAUUGUUUUGUCAUUGUUUCGUCAAAUCCUUUUUAUAUUGCUCUUACGAAAGUCUUGUUAUAAAAUUGGAAACGUGCGUGCCGUGUUGUGCGUGAAGUUGCAUUGGAUAAUCCCCGAGCGUGCUUUGGUGUGAACAGUGUUAGUGAAGGGACAAAGGGUGUCACGUAAGUGUGCGCCGAGCCCUCGGGAGGAUUUGUCAUAUAGGAAAGAAAAAAGCAAAACGGAAACAAAAAAAUGUUGUAAGGACUUCGAAAAAAAAAAAAAAAUGAAAAAGAGCACUGUAAACAAUGAUGAAAAUUUCGUAUUUAGUGGCCUACUACUUUGCGAUGAACUUUUCUAGAUAACUAAAAAAAAACCGCAAAAAAAGGGAAAAAGCGCAGUAAACAAGGUUUCUCGACAGACUGUUAUCGUGUUUGCGAGGAAAAAUAAAAUGAUUAUGUUAUAAGAAAAAAAUCUGUUGUUAAAUAACCUCUUGCAGGAGUGCAUAAAGGAUAAAUAAUUAGGACGAGGCAAUCCAAAAAAAAGUUUCCUCGUGUUUUUAAGGACUAUGUAGAACAACUCUUUUUGCGAGCUUGCUAUGUGUUACCAUUGUUGUUUAAUCUCGAGAACUGUUCGGUAUAAAGCAUAGUUUAUAUAUAUUCCAUCCAGACCUCCGACUGAGUUUUAGUCGAAUUGCCAUGUGUCCCUAUCAAUUUGUGUUAGGCUUAAGAGAGCUGGAUGUCAUUAUGACGCGCAUAGGCGGUUUAAGCAAAAGUUUUCAGGACAGUGUGGACUUUUCGCUUGAUUCGGAACCCCUGAACUAUCCUUGCUGUACACUAUAUAGUCUUUUGCUACUACAUUAUUAUCGUAAGAUGUACGAGAAACGUUACGAUACGUCGUUCCUCUUGCCAAAGUGUCCCUGCGCAACUCGUGAUGCAAUAAUAAAUUCUCUUUCGUCUAUACGUUGCAGAACAUCUGAUCCAGAGACGGUGAGAGAUAGUCCAGGUUAGCUAUGGGUAGCAAUAUGGAUGGUGACAAUCUUAAUCUCAGCUGUGGCGAAAAUGACAAUGGCGAUGAGCUAAGGAUUGCUGCAGAUGAAACAUAUGACACACGUAGUGAAGUUUCUUCUAGCAGCUCCAAUUCUGACUCCAGUCAUCCUACCAUUAGUUCAGUCUCCAGCAAGUCCUCACGUGGUGAUAAUAAGCGCAGCAGACGGAACAGAAGCAAGAGAGGCAGAUCCAGGGAUUCUAAAUCAUCUAGUCCUGAAUCAAAGCGGGCAAGAUCUAAGGAAAGCAAGGGCACUACCAAGAGUUAUGACUACGCCACCAAGUUGAAUUACUUGUUUAGAGAUGCAAGAUUUUUCAUCAUCAAGUCCAACAAUGCAGAGAAUGUGACAUUGUCCAAAGCUAAAGGAGUAUGGAGUACGCUGCCACAAAACGAAGCAAAUCUGAAUCAAGCAUAUAGAGAAUCGCGAAAUGUGUUGCUAAUAUUCUCUGUGAAAGAAUCAGGAAAGUUUGCCGGUUUUGCAAGACUUAGUACAGAAUCAAGAAGAGAUGCUGGUCCAGUUUCUUGGGUUUUGCCUCCUGGAUUGUCAGCAAAGGCUUUAGGUGGUGUAUUUAAGGUUGAUUGGAUCUGCAGGAAAGAAUUGCCUUUUACAGCUACAUUACAUUUAUAUAAUCCUUGGAAUGAUGGUAAACAAGUCAAGAUUGGUCGAGAUGGUCAAGAAAUCGAGCCCAGAGUCGCUGAAGAAUUAUGCAGAUUAUUUCCGGAAGAUGAAGGAAUCGAAAUGACACCUAUUUUGCGAAAAUCUAAAGAAGCAGGGAAACACGUUAUAAAAUCGUCACGUUAUCGUGACAAAAGACCCAUAGGCAGUUCUAGAUUCUUACGAAGAGGAGGACGAGGGCGCAAAUUAUUUUUGACUUCAAGAUCUCGUUUAGCAUCAUUAGCCAGAGGAUCUCAAGAUGUUACAGGAAAUCAUAGGAGUUCCAGGGAUCAUUCUUAUCGGGGUUAUGGAGCUGGAUUGGGUGUUGCCGCAGUUGCAGAAGCUUAUGUAGCAGAUUACAUGCGUACCAUGCAACAUCAAUUGCCUCCGUUACCGCCUUAUUGCCCACAUCCAUAUGAUACUUUGCCACCACCUCCUCCACCUCCAAGAUAUUAUGAUGGUCUACCACUGCCUCCGGAUUACAACGCGACAGCAUCAGCACUGGAAAAGCGCAGUUAUGAAAGAAGCGUCGACGAGUUCCUAUGGAGGACAGCUAGCCGUCAUAGUCGGCACAGCGAUCACCGCUCUUCUCGUGAUCAUCAUAGAUAUAGAGAUCGCAGAUAAAAAUCUUGAUUUUAGUUAUCUCUUUAUUAAUCUAUCGAUUUCCAAAUUUCUAUUUCAGUAACAAUAACGAGAAAUUGAUUAUAAUCAUUUUUAUUUAUUUGGAUUUACAAAAUAUUUCUGAAAGCUGAGGAAUUUGAAAUAUAAGAAGAAUAUAUAUAAUUUAAUAUAUAAUUAAAUAAUAUAAAUACGUGUGUAUUAAAUUUGUAUAUAAAUUGAGUAAAAAAUCUACCAGCUCCAUAAUCCCUAAAA